AUGACCGGGCACGAGAGCAGUCAUUCAAUGAGUAUAUACGAUACAAUUGAGCACGAUAUGCGGCACUCCAAGGAAUAUUUAGCAAACAUGAAGUUCAAUUAUAUAGAAGUUCUGCAUAAGUCAAUAUUUCUAAAAAGACUAAGAGGGCAGCCGGAUGAAGAAGUUCUUAGUUCUAAAGAAGAGCUCGUAUCUACUAAAAAGCAAAUAGAGGAGUUUAGAAAGAAAUUUGAGAAAAUAUCACAUGAGGUUUAUUGUUUAAGGGAGGAGGCAGAAAAGCAGGAGAGAAUACUGCGCACAACAAAAGAAAAAGAAGCACUACUAAAAAAAAGGAUUGAAGAAAUCACGAACACAGAAAAAACACUAAAGGCAUUUGCGGAAAUAAAGACAGAUCAUGAGCUCCGGAUAUCUGCCAUGGCGCAAACACAGAAGACGAUUGAAGAAACAGAGAGAAAGCUUUCUGCACAGGCGGAAGGGCUAACCACUAAAACAACUCUAAAGGAGUCAUUAUUCACACAAAAGGCAAAUUUACAGAGCAGGCUGAAGGAUCUGCAAAAAACGUCAAAUCAGCAGCAGGUAUAUCAGUAUAACUGGUACAAGCAGUUUAUGAGUGUGCUGUACAAGUUAGUUGGGAUAAAAGUUAUAGAUGUGCGGCAGAGUGUUCAUAAGCAACAGGAGGCGGUAUAUAACAGUACUGAGGACAGAGAACAAAAAAAGAAAGAAAAUAUAAAUGAGAUUAGUGUUAAGCUUCUGUCUAAGAAAAAGGGCAAAACCAUUGUGAUUACCUUAAUAUUUAUUGAUGGGAAGAUAAACAAUUAUACAAUUCACAAAACCGAAGGUGCUGCUCAGAUUAAAUCCGUUUGCUGUAAUGAGCUAUUUAAUUACUGUAAAAAGGUGAAUAGCACAAAGUAUUUUAUAUUUGAAGGCAUUUAUCUGCAAUUGUUUGAUCCGGUGCAAGGAUCUGGGUUUAGCUCCAGAAAAAAUGCGUAAUUUAUCUUUCUCCCACUGUAUAUAUAAAUAAACA